GCGCUUCCGGGCGGCGGGUGGGCCAUGGCGCUGUCCUGGCUCCAGCGCCUGGAGCUCGUGCUCUUCACCACCGCCUUCUUGUGCGGGGCCGUGGCGGCCGCGGCGCUGACCCGGACGCAGGGCUCCUUCAGUGGCAGCUGCCCCCUGUAUGGUGUGGCCGCCCAGAAUGGCUCCUCGCUGGCUUUGUCCAGUCCUUCAGCCUCUUCCCUCUGCUACUUUGUGGCUGGGGUCUCGGGUCUCCUGGCCCUCUACUGCCUGCUGCUUCUGCUCUUCUGGAUCUAUAGCAGCUGCAUCGAGGACUCUAACAGAGGUCCAGUAGGGCUCCGCAUCGCACUGGUGGUCUCGGUUAUAGCCGUCUUCCUGAUCCUGGUUACUGCCUGUAUUCUUCGAUUUGGCACCAGUUCUCUCUGUAGCUCCAUUAUCAGCUUGAAGAUUGCAACUAGCUGCCCUGAAGCCCAGAAGAUUCCAUGGACACCCCCUGGAACUGCUGUGCACUUUUACAACAACCUACAUAAUGCUGAAACUUCUUCCUGGGUGAAUCUGGUACUGUGGGCUCUGAUCCUGGUACUCCAGGUUGUACAAUGGAAGUCGAAAGCUGCCCCGUUCCGGCCUCUGGAGAAGGGCGACCCUGAGUGGAGCUCUGAGACAGAUGCACUCUUCACACCUCGCUCUCCUCUUUCCUGA